AUGACCCACCCCACUCCCCCACCGGACGCGUCUCCAGAUCAGGAUGCCCAAGGCGAUAGAGGAUACAACACAGCUGCUCCCUCAACGGUGGCCCCUUUUUCCGCUUUCCGUACUCCUUACCUCAAUUCGAGUCAUUGGGCGGGCGUGGAAGGCAUGGGCCAUGGGCCCGACCGCUUCUAUCGAGUUUACGGCGACGACAAGCUGUCUGCCAAGACUGAGAACACCCAAGCCGGCGAUGCUGCUCUGAAUGGCGACCCGUAUCCAGCAUGGGCACCAAGCGAACAAAUGCCUGUUUCACGCAAUAAAAUUGGGGCCAUCAUGAACCACUUGACCAAGGUGUUCGGCUUCCAGGAGGAUAACGCUAAGAACAUGUAUCACUAUUUGAUGCGGAUGCUUGACUCCAGAGCCUCCCGAAUGGGGCCUCAAAACGCAUUGCGUACACUUCACGGUGACUACAUCGGCGGGCCAAACGCUAACUUACGUAAAUGGUACUUUGCUGCUGAGAUGGAUAUCGACGAUGCUCAUGGCUGGGCAAACGUCAAGAGAAACGGAAUCAUCAGGCAGACUAAGGAGAGAGUUACCUCUUAUGAACGUGCCGUUGAGCUGUGGUACAAGAAUAUGCUGCGCUUGACCCCAAUUGACUAUGUCACCCAGCUCUCCCUCUUCUUGUUGUGCUGGGGAGAGGCUAACAACGUGCGUUUCAUGCCUGAGUGUCUUUGCUUCAUCUUUAAGUGCUGUAAUGACUACUACUAUUCUCUUGAUGAAGAGAACGAGACGGAGUCCAACGUCCCCUUCUUGGAUCGUAUCAUUACUCCCAUAUAUGAUACCUAUCGCAAGCAGUGCUACGAUGUCAAAGGAAACGACAUGAGCAGAAGCGAUAGGGAUCACUCCUCUAUCGUUGGUUAUGACGAUAUGAAUCAGUUGUUUUGGCAUCGUGCUGGAAUUGAGCGCAUCACAUUAGGUGACUCAACUCCUCUCAUGUACUUGAAUCGCGAGGACCGGUAUCAUCUGUUUGGUGAGGUCAAUUGGGAGCGGGCGUUUUACAAAACAUACCACGAGACACGUUCUUGGCUUCAUGUCUUUACAAACUUCAACAGAGUGAUUCUCAUUCACUUUUGUGUGUUUUGGAUCUAUACUUCCUUCAACUCGAAGCCUCUCUACACUCCAAACUACUCGAUAACCGUCGAUGAAAGAACUCCAGCCCAGGCAACUCUUACUGUGAUGGCUUUGGCUGGAAGUUGGGCAUGUCUUAUUUCGCUCGUAAGUUUAUUGCUUGAAUUGUGCUUCGUUCCCAGAAAAUGGCCUGGGGCUCAUCCUGUGCUACGUCGAAUUAUCUCAAUCGUGAUUCUUUUUGUCAUCAACACAACUCCUACCAUUGUUUUAUUCUUCACGUCUAGACUUAACGACAGAAACACACUUUCAGUUGUCGUCACAUCUAUUCAAUUGGCUUUUGCCUUUGGCGUGAUUUUAUACUUGGUUUUUAAGACCCAGGGAAACCAGUUCGGCGCUCGACCCAUCGGACGCACCGCUUUUGCCUCAGAAGCUUUUACUUCCAACUUUUUUACCUUAAAAGGUUCUGAUAAACUUGCAUCGUAUGGCUUGUGGGUGUGCGUCUUCACUUCAAAGUUUUUGGAAUCUUACUUUUACUUGACUCUUUCACUCAAAGAUCCUUUGCGGGAGCUUUUCAUUAUGAGGGUCAACAGAUGUGUCGGUGAUGAGUGGAUAGGCUCCUGGCUUUGCAAUGCACAACCCCGUAUAAUUCUUGUUUUGAUUGUGGUUCUCGACUUCAUCCUUUUCUUCUUGGAUACCUAUUUGUGGUAUGUGAUAUGGAAUACAGUUAUUUCUGUCCUUCGGUCAUUUUACAUUGGAGCAUCCAUCUGGACCCCUUGGAGAAACAUAUUUUCGAGACUACCAAAACGAAUUGCCUCCAAGGUCUUGGUGACAAACAGUAAUAACAAACAUGGCCAAAAGAUUCAAGUGUCGAAAGUCUGGAAUUGUCUCAUCAUUGCGAUGUACCGAGAGCAUUUCUUAUCAAUCGAACAAGUGCACCGAUUGCUCUACGAGUUCACGUACACUUGCAAUGACGAUGGUAACGUGGUGAUUCGUGAGCCUACAUUUUUCGUCUCACAGGAGGAUGACUCUAUCAGGAAUUCCUUGUUCCAUGAUAAGUCAGAAGCUCAAAGAAGAAUCACUUUUUUUGCUCAAUCAUUAUCAACACCAAUGCCGGACAUCAGAGAGGUUAGGGCAAUGCCAUCAUUCACUGUCUUAGUCCCUCACUAUACGGAGAAGAUCAUUUUACUGUUGAAGGAAAUCAUCAAGGAGGAGGAUAGAUUCUCGCAUGUCACGAUGUUGGAGUAUCUCAAACAAUUGCAUGCUUCUGAAUGGGCAAACUUCGUUUGGGACACCAAGCAAAUGGCAGAGGAGGAUGACUCAGAAGAAUCAGUACUUUCGCUUUCCGCUUCUGAAAAGCACGAUGAUCUCCCAUAUUAUUCUGUCGGGUUCAAGACUGCAACACCUGAAUACGUAACAAGAACGAGAAUAUGGGCAUCUUUGAGAUCACAAACGCUUUACAGAACUGUGUCUGGAUUCAUGAAUUAUACCAGAGCUCUUAAGCUUCUUUCAGAUUUAGAGAUUAGCAAAGAUCAUUAUUCGGAUUCCAAUGACGAGGGCAAAUUGAGGAUUAUCAAUGAGAUGGCAGCUCGAAAGUUUCGGAUCAUUGCAUCGAUGCAACGUUUCAAAAGAUUCACUGAAGAGGAGAAGGAGAAUACGGAAUACUUAAUGCGUGCUUACCCAGAACUUCAGAUUGCAUACAUUGACGAAGAAAGGGACGAGGAAACGGGUAAGGUAACAUAUUACUCGGCGUUGGUUGACGGUACAUGUCCCGUUCUGGAAUCAGGAGAAAGGAUACCCAUCUAUCGGAUAAGGCUUUCGGGGAACCCAAUAUUGGGUGAUGGUAAGUCUGACAAUCAAAACCAGGCGCUCAUUUUUGCAAGAGGGGAAUACAUCCAACUUAUUGAUGCAAACCAGGACAACUACAUCGAGGAGUGUCUCAAGAUACGGAACACGUUAGCUGAAUUUGAGGAGCAAAGAAUCUUGGAUCCAUACAGUUCGGAAGCAAGAAGAUCAAUUUGUCCUAACCCUGUUGCAAUUGUUGGCCUGAGAGAAUACAUUUUCUCGGAGAAUAUUGGAAUCUUAGGCGAUGUCGCUGCUGGUAAAGAGCAGACUUUUGGUACCCUUUUCGCUAGAACGUUGUCUCAGAUUGGAGGAAAGCUCCAUUACGGCCAUCCUGAUUUUCUAAACGUGAUUUUCAUGAGCACUCGAGGAGGCGUUUCAAAGUCUCAAAAGGGCCUCCAUUUGAAUGAGGACAUCUAUGCUGGCAUGAACGCGAUACUCAGAGGUGGAAGAAUAAAGCAUUGUGAAUACAUUCAAUGUGGAAAGGGCCGAGACCUUGGCUUCAGUUCAAUACUGAAUUUUAUCACAAAAAUUGGAGCUGGUAUGGGCGAGCAGCUUCUCUCGAGGGAGUACUUUUACUUGGGUACCAAGCUCCCACUUGAUCGGUUCCUUUCAUUUUACUAUGCCCAUGCUGGGUUUCAUCUCAAUAAUGUUUGCAUCAUCUUAUCAAUCCAGUUGUUCCUUCUUGUGGGCGUCAAUAUCGCAGCAUUAUCCAACGACUCUUCCAUAUGCGAAUUCGACAAGAACAAGCCGAUCACUGAUCCUCGGCGGCCCCAUAAUUGUUUGAACCUUGUUCCUGUUAUUCGUUGGCUUGAGAGAUGUAUUUAUUCUAUUUUUGUUGUGUUCAUCAUAUCCUUCAUUCCUUUGGGCGGGAUUUUAUAA